CAGUCUCUGAGACGAUUUCGUGCGCAUCGCGACACCCGCCUUUCCGAAUUUUUGACUAUUUUCCAUCUUACCGUGACACCUACGUAGUGACAAACGUGAUUAUACGUACCGCGUACAUCUUGUCUCUUAGACACCGUAGUCUAAGCUUUUUAAUUUUUAAUCGUGUUGUUUUUAUUUCAAUUUUAUUCUAAGUUAAGUUAGUUUUAAGUUUAGUCCGCCAUCUUGUGACGCUUUCAAAAUAACGAUCAAAACGCGCGUCGGUCGUAAGAUGGUCAGUAAGGAGCCGCCAUUGCAGCCAGUGGAAGCUAAGAGUAAGAGGAGAAGACGUAGAGCGGGCAACAGAGCUGGGAAGAGGCGUUCUAGGAAGACUACAGUUGCCGUCGCGGCUGUGGCGACGUUGCCUUCGGAGAAAUACUCGAGCCCCGUCAAGUGUGCUGUUCACGCGUUCCUGAUGAGAUACCAGAGUGCGCUGCGGAAGGUGCCGGCUCAUCUGCCGCCGCGGGUCCACGCGGGGCCGCCUUCGAAGCGGGUUAAACGCGUUUCUUGGAGUCACGACGAGAGCGGGUCGAUGAGCGGCGGCGGCGACCCGGCGGUGCUCGCCGUCGGGCCGGCGCGGCGGCCGCUCACCUACACCCGGGAGCAACUGUUACGGCUGCGGCACUCGCCGCUCGUCAAGAAGGGGCUCGACGUGCCGCUGGCGGGCUGCGACGCGCUCGCGCUGGUGUUGAAAAAGAGGUCCGACUCGCCUAACGAAGAUGAUCGAGGGGCCAGAGGCGAUGCACCAGCUGAAAACCACAAGGGAGUGUACGGUCGCGAACGCGAGCGAGAGCGUCGUUCCGCCGACCCUCGCGAGCGCGUCCGUAAGGAGAGCGAGCCGAGCAGCGGUAUAGUCCUGUCUCCUCAACGGCGCUCCUUCACGAGUGGUUGUGGGGCGCCUGCUGCCGCUGCGGCUCCUCCGCCGCAUGUCGCUAGGACGAGGCCGGAGUCCCCGCUGUGCCCCGCGCCCGCUCAAGCCAAGCCUGAACCAGCGGGUCGGCGUAUCGGCUCCGGGCGAAUCAUGGUGCGAGACGUACCGCAUGCGGGCUGGGAGGAGGGCGAGUACCGGCCCAGCGAACCCUACCGGCCUCGCGAACAACACCGGCCCAACGGCGAAAGGUUCGAGCGACGUUCGUUUACCCGUGACUCCUACUCCUCUGAUAUUAAGAGGGAAAGGGAAGACCGAUUCAACAACGAAAAACAGAGAGAGAGGGAAGACAACCGCAGAUCAGGUGGUCGCUAUUCUCAACGACGUUUUGAGAAAGAAGAUGAACCAGAGUGGUUUAGUGGAGGGCCGACAUCUCAACACGACACCAUCGAGCUCCGCGGUUUCGACGAGCCCACUAAAAAAAACGGCUCGACGAGCGGCAAAGAGACUGAGAAAUGGAACAACAACAGCGGUGCUAGAUCGCCCGGCCCCGAGCGAAGCGAGCGUAACGAGCGAAACGAGCGCCCCGAGCGAGGCGAGCGGCUCGAGCGGUGGCGGAGCGAGUCCACGUCUGAACCUGCACCGAUUGAAGACUCCAAUGACACUAGCAAUGAUAAGGAUUCAGGGGUGGAGUCCAAGGCGGAGGAGCCGGCGGGCUCGCAGCCCGACUUCAACCUCGACGAGUUCCUCAAGCUGGACUCCAUACCCGACGUGCUCACGAAUGGCGGCGGUGAGAGCGAAGGCGGCAGUAGAUUCAGCCGCUGGUUCCGCCGCGAAAGUCCCACCAACGACUCGCGCCAUUACGAGAGGCUACUCACUAAUAUGGUCGACGACCUAGAUAACCCUGCGAGGCCGCCGGCCAGCGAGCCGAGCCACAUGUUCGCGCCGAUCUCCCCCGCCGCGCCGCCCUCGCUGCUGGACCUGCUGCGCCGCGCCAACGCCAACUCGGACCCGAGGCCUGAGAUGAACAACGUGGGCGGCAAGAUCCACAGUCUGGAGGAGCUGGAGGCGCGCCUGCGGCCGCCGCAGCCCGCGCCGCACCCCGACCACGACCUGUCCGCCUUCAAGCGACUUCUGGCGCAGGUGUCGGGCGGGCACGCCGUGCCGGCCGCCGAGCAGCAGCAGCGGCCGCCGCCGCAGCCCAUGAGCCUAUUACAGAUGUUGAACAAGAGCAUGGAACAACAACAACAACAACAGCAGCAACAGAAAGCGCCGCCGGCGCAGCCGCACAUCCCGCAGGAGUUGCUUUACAAACUGCUGCAAGUGCAACAGCACCAGCACCAGCAACAGCAGCAGAGCGAGAUGCUGCCCCCCGCGCCGGCGCCCGGCCCCUCCCCCGCCGACCGCGAGCUGCUGCAGCGCCCCGAGGCGCAGGCCAUCAUACACGGUCUGAAAGCGGGCGAGAUAACGGUGCAGCAUUUAAUGCAGCAGUUAGGAAAUCCAGGCCUGCAGUCGCGCCAUCGUGAGGUGCUACUCACUAUACUGCGGCUUCAUCAACAGCAAAGACAGCAACAGAUGGGCGGGUCUCCGCUGCCGGGCGUGGGCGCGGCGCCGCACCUGGUGGUGCCGCCGCUGCACCAGCCCCUGCGCCUGUCGCCGCUGCCGCAUCCGAGCGUGCCAGCCCGCAUCCCGUCCCCACGCGAGCUCGCCGCCCACACCCAGUGCAUCAUGCAGAGCGCCCUCAUCAAGAAGAAGCUAGAGGAACAGCGCGAGAACUACCGCCGCCGACACGACCCGCCCAAGGGCACUCCCAUCUCGUUCACGCCCACAUCCGUAUUACGUAAAAUGACCGCAGAUAAGGAGUCCGACGCGCCGAGCCCCAAGCAGCAGCAGUGGGCGCAGCCGCCUAAGAUGCCGCAAGGACGGCCCAUCGUCAAGGGCAACCAGAGCGGAGCAGCGCCACCUAUGGGAUACGCGCCGUCACCGGCAGACUACCAACACCAUUAUCAACAGCAGCAAAUGUCGGGCAGCGUACGUCAGUUCCUGCAUCCGCAACAGAGGCAGCAAGUACCCAAUGCGCUAAACAAUAUGAACAUGAACAACAUGAACAAUAUGACCCGCGGCAUCGCCGGCGGCACCACUCUGCACCAUUUGCUAGUCCAGUCUCAUCAGAGGAGUCUCAACGAACUAGGCGGUGUAGGCGUGGGCGGCACGGGCGGCGGCGACAACCAGCUGGCGCGCUGGUUCUCGCCCGAGCUGCUGGCGCGCGCCUCGGCCGGCAAGCUGCCCUCCGUGCACGUGCCCAACGCGCUCUCCCUGGAGGACCUCGAGCGCCACCACCACUCGCCGGCGCCGCCGCUGCGCAACUGAACGCUCUAUGGAUAUAUUCUUUUUUAAAGCGACGGCGUAGGUUCUUCAGACGGUGUGAAAUGUUGAGGCUAAAAAAUUAAGAGUAAGGGUCGGUUGCACCAAACUGUUUGUCAUCGCUAAAUUUUAUUGUAUUGGAAGUUUUAUAGUAAAACGUCGCGGCGCGCCCGGUGACGGUCAGUCUGUCAAGUGCGGGUGAUGCAACUGGCACUAAGAGUCAGACCGAGCUAACGCGCAGACGCUGUGGAAAAUGCCACGAUAAACGUCAAAAUUCCUAUAUUCAUUGAGUUAUUAUUACUGUAGAGAAGCCACACCAAACAUUAGAAAUUGUCGCAAUCUGUACCACGCGAACAAAACGCCGUAAGCGCCGUAAUAUUUAUGGCGCGUACGCGUUUAAACGCGAGAUUCACGCUCCACUUAUAUGGUUAGAUGUCAAAACAAUAUCAACUCAUGACGCAAAAUACUGGUUCUAUACGUUAGUAAUAAAGUAAUAAUAGUUCAAUGAUGAUAUUAGAGUUGGAGCAAGCGAAUUCUGCAUGAUAUUUGUAAUGGCAAGGUGUGGCAAUGUCAUCAUUAGAAUUGUGUCAUUCUCGAGAACGUGCUUCCGUUUACUGUGGCAAAUAUUCUCGAGCGAGAACGUUUCCCAUACUAACCGGAGAACGUUCUUAGGCGCCAACUUAAAUCAUUAAUGUCAAAUUUCUAUGAAAAUGUGACGUUAAUAUAAUGACACUUUCACUUUCUUCUGUUCAAAUCAGUGCAAAGUUAGGUUGGACGGACUCUAUGGCGUUUAUAGUGUAAAUUCCACACUUUGGAAAUCAAAACAUCUGUACAAAGUUACCUUAUAGUCUGAGCAACUAUUCUGUAUUUAGAGAUAGUCAGAAAAUACAAAAAAUAUUCGUGAACGGUUAUAGAUAUUUCCAGUUGGGACGUUGAAAACAGUAAUAUAUCUAUGUUUAUUGGUCACUAUAGUUGCACAGACUAUAAUUAGCAAAACAGUAGCGACAUCUGGAGUAUGAAAUGUAAACCAAUCUUGAUACCAUGUGCAUGGAUAGUGGUUAUUAUACUCUAUAUUAGGGUGGUAUUCUAUCUGUGCAAUAUCUUUGUCCAAUGUGUAUUGCGUCUCACAUUUUACUUUAAUGAGAGAGUGAGACACAAUAACAUUGGACAGGUGGAAUACCACCCUUAGACAAAACUCAUUUGUAAUCCGCUGUUCGAACUGAGUUAUUCAUCGCCCGAAACUCAUUAGGUUGAUGUAUGAAGGCCACGAGAAACGUAAUUUAAGGUACUAUUUCAAUCGAUUCAUCAAGUUUCAUUUCACACAAAACCUAAAUAACUGGUAUUACUUUGAUUAACCUCUCGAAUGCCGGAACGCGGAUCCACGUUAGUAGGUAUUGAACUCGAAUUAUUAAUUAAUUAGAAUUCAAUACCUACUGCGCGGAUCCACGUUCCGGCAUUCAAGAGGUUUGGAAAUAUAUCUCACAAAAUAGUCUUAAUACUGCACAGUUAAUUAAUUGCUCAAGCUUCUUUGGAGUAUUUGGACUGACACAAUUGAAAUAGUACCCUAAAAACACUUAAAAAUGUAAAGUAAAUUAUUUGUGACUAACUUAAGUUUUAUAAACUGGUUCCUUUAUGUCAUCCCCGGGCGCUGCCAGUCAGAUCCGAUUAUUAACUGAUUGUUCUAACACGGCCAUCCUGACAUCCGGGUUGUCCCUGCAUGCACCUUUUUGUCUGGCCAUUUUAUUGUAUCAUAUCUUAAAGUACCUACUUACAGAGAUCACCUAUAGCAAAAAUGUAUUGAUUGUAUAUGAAAGUCUAAGAUAGAUCUUAUGCCUUUUGUAAUAAGGUCCACCGAUGGACAGUGAAGAGUGUUGCUGUUUGUACAAGGCCAUCUAUUUCAGUGGUCAAACUUCGAGGACACGUUUUUUUCUUGGACUUGACAUGUCUUUAAUCAAUAACUCUGCCUAUUGCAUGAAAAGCUGGUAUUUUCAUGCUGUGGAUUGGAUAACGAAAUGGCUAACAUACGUCUUACGAAAUAAAAGUAUUUUUCACCCAUGAUGCACCAAAUCCCAGUUUAUAAUGUUGACUAAUUUGACGUAUGACGUAUUACAACCAGUAUCACCAGUGUUUUUUUAGAAAAACGGACACGUUAGAUUAUAUACAUAGUUUGCCGGAACUUCAAUAGAUAAAUACAUAUAAUAUGUCAAAUAAUGUAACAAAGUGCAUUAUGACUAAAAUCUCGUUGGCAAUUUCUCGGCGAUAUUUUGACAAAAUGGCAGCUAAUAUCAAAACACUUGUCAAAUGGACAACUGAAAUCUGGGUGGAUGCAAAAAUUCAAAUUUAUGUCCUGUCAAUAUAAAUUUCAGGUUAUGAAAAUAAUAUCAUCAUUGCAGUGAAAGGAAAAUAAUGUUGAAGUUUUGACAGUCUGUAACUAUUAUGGUCAAAUUAUGUCAUUGAUACCUGAAAUGUUAUGAAAUUAUUGACAGUAUUGUAAAACAUGUUACCUGAUAGAAAUUCCCACGUCUAUUACAUUAAUAUAACUUUUGUCUACAUGAUAGACUGUUUAUAAAAAAAUAUGGUAGAAAAUAAUUUUACUGUGAAUAUAUAUUUACAUUUUCUGCCAUUUUUGAAAUAUGUAUAAAGAAAAAUAUAAUAUUUAUAAAGUUUAUUCAUGUAGACCCGAGUUUUUUGAUUGAUGGACUGAAUACGUGUUAUUAAACAAAACAAUAAUAGGUAGGUACUUUGCCACUUAAAAUUACAAAAAAAAAAUACAGUUACCGCUAUUGUUUAAAAAGGUAUUCUAUAAGACAUGAUUUGAAUUUCUACAUAAUUAUGUUUUAAAACAGUGACGGUUGUUAGGGCAGACACUGUCAACAAAUAAUGUCAAUACGUUAUGUCGUUCCAAUAUGUAGAUCGAAUCACUAAAAGCGUAGCCACUACAUGUCUGCCCUUUUCACAACGCAACUGACUUCUAACUCAUGUAAUAGAAUAAAGAUUAUGCCUCUUUCUUUCGUACAUUUCAAGGACGGAAAGAGACAAAUGAUUAUCAUGGAAUGGUAGCUGUAGUCCGAGGUAGCAGCUGAGGGGUUAACUUUUUGAUGUAUUUCUUUGUAUAGUGAGUUUACUCGUAGAUUCUGGUAUCGUAUAACGUAUUAUUUAGCCCCGUGUCAGCUCCCUUAUUUUGACUAUUAUUACAGUUGGACGCAGUCAAUAAUACUGAUGAUAUUUCGGCUUAAAAAUAAGCUAGAAAUGCCGUCUUAGUUCACAUGUAACCUAGCCUAUAAUAUGACGAUAUAUUUCAUCAUUAUUAUUGAACGUUUGACCCUGACUUAUCUGUAUUUAAAAUGGGAGAUAUACUUAGAAAUGUAAAAACAGCGCCACCCGAUAUGUGACUAAAAGAAAGAAUGAGUGGAACUAGAUAAUGUAUGCCGCCGACAAGCGAAUUGAUUGGAAAACUAAAUAAUUAAACAAGCUAUUAGUUAAGUAAAAAAAUAUCUACGUAAUACUUCUGUGACAUGUUUGUAUUGGAAAUUAUUUGAAGAUAUUGAUGGCUAAGUGAAUUAUUUAGUUUUUCAUAUGUGCUUGAUUAUUUGACCCGGCGGUGACACUUCACGGAGUAUCGCGGGAAAGAUUGGGUAGUUGACAAAUGCGAAUGAUGAACUGUUUGAGUGAACGGAACGAGUGAAUGAUAACGAAUGAACGGAAAUAUAGUAUGCAGAAUAAUAUAUAUUGUAUAAUGUUUAUGUAUGUCUACGGUUGUGUUUGUUAGCAUUUUUGUUACUACGUCAUUUAUGAGAGGAGAAGAUUUUCGUUUACGAUGGAUGUCGUGUGUUCAUUUCGUUAAGAACAUUUUUGUAAAGGAUUUUGGAGCGUCCCCAAAUGUAAAAGACUAGCAUUUGAGUUUUGGGAUUCCACGAACUACGGAUAGUAUAUUUUUUUAAACGUUUUACGUAUUCCACUGUACGACGUUUUAGCGAUUUGUGGAGUUUUUUGCAAUAUAUCCCAAUCAAGUAUUUUAGUAUGGUCUUGACAAUCCUCACGUCAACGUUAAAGUUUAAAUUAAACAUCCAAAAAUUACUUUAAAGUUUAGAUUUUAAAUUUAUCGCUGUACAAACUUCUCCAAACUUCAUACUCAAAAUGGUUUAGGGUCUUUAGGCUUAGGACGGUAGGGUGGAUUGUCAAGAUACAUUAUCAUUGAUUGGUCAUUUAAUUUUCGAACAAAAUGAGACCUGAGCACGUCAAUUAGAUAUCAUUUCAUGACCCUGGAUUAUACCGUCCCAGUGUCAAAUAAAUUGGCUCAACAAAGCAAUAUUGCGUAUACCUUUUCGCCUUAUGCCUUGUGUGUACCGGUGUAAAUAUAUCCCCGUUUGAACGGCUUGCUCAGAUGGGGAGCUCAGAUUUGGAAUAGUGUAGCAGGUUUCAGAUGUAUUAUGGACUGUGUGAAGCAAUCAUGGACUGGUUACGAAGACCGCGCAGACGCAUUAGAUGCGCCGAGCGAUUUUGGUAGUAAUGAAUAGUGGCGAAAUUUCAGUUUGUGUCGCGUCCCGUGAUGCGGUCGCUUACGUAUUACAACUUAAAAAAAUGUCUCCUGUAAGCUUUAAAUUAUUGAUUAAAGAAAAUUUGAAAGUU